AUGGACAAGGGAAUAGCAGGCUAUGUUGCCACAACAGGAAAACUGAUUAAUCUUAAAGAUGCCUACGCGGAUAGUCGAUUUAGUCCAGACAUUGACAUCAAAACCAAUUAUCAUACUCACAGUAUAUUGAGUGUUCCUGUCAUGGGUCCGAAUGGAAAUAUCGUUGGAGUGGCUAACCUCGUCAACAAGUUAAGUCCAGGAUCAACCGAGGUCACUGUAUUCACCGAAGUGGAUGAAACCAUGUUUAGCUCGUUUGCCGUAUUUUGUGGAUUGGCAUUACAUAAAACAAUGCUUUUAGAAGAGAUAGAAACUCAAAGACUACGACUAGCAGUUACGAUGGAGAUCAUGUCUUUUCAUUCGACUAUCCGAGAAGAAGAAUCGCAAGUUGUACGCGAGGUGAUUUCCACCAAAUUUGUUCCUGUUGAUGACUUGCGAAUGUGCACGUUUGAUCCACACACAUUUCCACAUGCAGAUGAAUCCCUUGUGGCAAUUGUGUAUCAAAUGUUUAUUGAUUUGUCUUAUGGCACAACAUACAAGCUUCCUGAUGAAAAAAUGAUCAACUAUAUUUUGACUGUACGUAAAAACUAUCGACCUGUAGCGUACCACAAUUUCACACAUGCAGUGAGCGUCACCCACGCGUUUUACUCAUUUGUAGUCAAUGGUGUACUAGAUGGGGUUUUGGACCAUAUAGAGCAAUAUGCCAUGUUUGUAGCUUGCUUAAACCAUGAUAUAGAUCAUCGUGGUACAAACAAUAUGUUUCAAAAACAAGCACAUACCGAACUGGCCAACUUUUAUUCGACUUCUACAAUGGAACGACAUCAUUUCAAUCAUGCAAUGACCAUUCUAAGUCAAGGAAGUGGAGUUAAUAUUCUCCAGCAUCUGAAUUCAGUCGAAUAUCAAAAGGCAUUAAAAGUGAUUGAGCAUUCGAUCCUAGCUACUGAUUUGGGAGUGUUUUUUUCCAAUCGUGGUAAAGUGAAUGCAAUUAUUGCAACCAAGGAGUUUGAUAAAGAUAUUAUUGAGCACCGAGAAUUAUUGCGAAGUAUUAUUAUGACAUGCUGUGACUUGAGCUCAAUGUAUAAGCCAUGGAAAUCAUCUAGAGAAACCGCGAAUUCAGUAUACGAAGAGUUUUUUCAACAAGGCGACGAAGAAAGGCGAUUGGGAUUGCGUCUAUCAGGAGAAUUAAUGGAUCGUAGCAAAAUGAGUGAAAUCCCACGGAUGCAACUUGACUUUUACAACUUUGUAGUGUGUCCAGCCUUUGAUUGUCUGCAUGGAUUACUAGGAGAUAAAGUUCAGAAUCUGAGAGAUUUUGUAGCAGAGAAUCGUAGCAAAUGGAAGGAUUUAAAAGAGAAUGGCAUAGUAUACAAGUUUGGAAUUGAUGUGUAA